AUGGGCACAGCAGCACCAAAAUGGUCAGUCAAUGACGGCUCCGAGAUGGACACAUUGUUCUUACUCAGGAGGCAGCAGGAGCUUCUGACGCAACUCCGCGCGCUCAUCCUGCCGGCGCUUCGCGACGCCGACAGCAGGUCGGCCAACCUGGCCAUCUGCCUCUUCGACGACGUGAUCGACUGCAUCUCCGGUGUCAUGUCCAGGCUCCAGGGGAUCAGUACCCAAGCAGGCGGUCAUGGACACGCGACGGGGCCCUUCGACCUCGCCGGCGUUGAUGUAAUUUCUCCCAACGCCGGCGAGGGACAGGACAAGAAGCCUGUGAUCAGCAACAUUGGUCGGAAGAGAAGGAGAAACAACGACAAGCGAUCAAGAUCUCUUGUAACAGUUGUUCCACAUUAUGAUGGCCAUCAUUGGAGAAAAUAUGGGCAGAAGAACAUUAACGGGAGGGAACAUGCCAGGAGCUACUACAGAUGCGCCUACACAGAACGCAAUUGCUCAGCAACCAAGACAAUUCAGCAACAGGAUCAUAACGUAACUAUUAAUUGCGAAGAGGAAACUGCAAAGUACAUUGUUGUGUACUAUGGUCAUCACACUUGUAGUGGCGGCAGCACUAGGAUUGUCGCGAAGAAUGGCCCUGAUAUGGACCUAACUCAAAAUCGCAAAAUGGCGGGAGCAGUAAUAGAAUUUCAGAAGUUCGACCCAAGAGACGUGGACAUGCCAGCUCUAAUAGUGGUGCUUGACAAUCCUGAGCUGAACUGGAACAUCAUUUUCUAG